CAGACACGGGGUGGAGGUGGAGAUGGGGGUGACUCGUGAGUUUUGAUUGAGGAGGGUUGACUUCUCUCCCCCGAGGCUGACUAAAUACACAUCAAAACAUGAUCGUGCUGCAGAGGUGCAUUUUCAUGAGAAUUGGCCAACAGUUUUGUUCAAGAAAUCAAGAAACCACUAAAAGUCUGGUUUCUGGGUUUCCCACUGCGCUGCUGGGUGGACACAGAGCUGCUGGGCUCAGGAGCAGAUCAACUCUUCCAAAUGUAAGGGAGCGGACUCUCAUAGCUGUAAAGCCAGAUGGAGUUCAGCGACGUCUUGUCGGACAGAUAAUUCAGCGGUUUGAGCAGCGGGGCUUCAAGCUGGUCGGCCUGAAAAUGUUGCAGGUGUCUGAGGAUCUCCUGUCUCAGCACUACUGUGAACUGAGGACAAAGCCCUUCUACCCCAGUCUGCUACUUUACAUGACCUCAGGACCUGUGGUUGUCAUGGUGUGGGAAGGGUACAACGUAGUCCAGACGUCACGUACCAUGGUGGGACAUACUAAUCCGGCUGAGGCUCAGGCAGGCACAGUCAGAGGAGAUUUCAGCUUUCAUGUCAGCAGGAAUGUGGUCCAUGCCAGUGAUUCUCUGGAGGGGGCUCAAAGGGAGAUCCAGCUGUGGUUUCAGGGAAGCGAGCUCCUGAACUGGGACUGCUGCGACCAGACCAGCACCUGUGAGUUGUGAAGACACUGAGAGUUUGAAUGCAGUGAGAAUCAGUUACACUACCUCUUCUCCUGCUGCUCAAAGGUCUGUCUCUUCUGAUAGAGCGACCACAGUGAUCGAAAAAGAGGGGUCAUAUUUAGUGUUCCCACCAAAAAUUAUACCUCAGUAAGUGCACUUACCAUCUCAGAAACUAAAGUAAUUCCAGCUGGAUUAGCAACUAUGCACAUAUAAAUUAAUGGACAUUACAUCUUUCAGUAUAAUUUUCAUAUGUAUUGUCAGAAUGUAUCCCACAAUCACCUAAAAUGCCUUCGUCUUUCUGACCAGUGGUUAAAAUUUGAUAUAUAUGUUUAUACUGGAUAUUGUGGCUUUUACCCAAUAAUCACAGUGAACAGUAAUCUUAAUAGCUAUUGGUCAAAAUACUGUAAACAGCUACUAAAUUACAAGCUACUUUAAGUCAGGUGAAAACCAAAUGUCAGUAUUACCAAGCAAUAAAGAUAUUGUAAGACUGAAUUUGACAAGUUUUCAUGGCACAUAUUAUAAAAAUAUAAGGACUGAUUAUCACCAGUAUUGCUGCUCUGCUAUAUGAUGAUCAUACACAGCUUCAACAGGUUCAUAAAUUCACAAAUCCUCUCAUGAAGUUUUCCAUCAAAGAGAGAAAAUCUAUUUGGAAAAAAAAUGUAAGAGAUUGCAGUUCUCUGCUUGGAAACAUUAAAAAAUUAUAUAACUUAUUUUUUAACAACGCUUUGCUGUCAAGGUAUAAUUGGUAAAAUGUCAUAUUUUUGUAUUAUUAUUUAACAAAUGAUAUGUAGUAGUGUUGUUUUUAGGAUUAUAAAGUGCAAAACUUUAAGAGCAUUUAAUUGCGUUAUUUGAACCAGGUCCUCAAAUACUUGUGUAAUCAACCAUCAUCAGUCAUUAAGUAAUCCUCCUAUUUGUGUUUAAAUAUGAGUGUUAACAGUUUAAAGUGUAAAAAAAAAAAGUGCCAGGAAUUGUUUGAGAUGUGAUUAAUUAUUUUGUAGUUUUAAUGAUAAUCACUGUUUACUCUAGAACAUUUGACCUCAGGUGAAUGUUAUUGGUAGCAAUGUACUGAAGUAAUCUGUUGAAGUGCACUACACAGCUCUGCAUGGUGAUGAUUUACCUCCACCUGCUAUGAUAUCAACACAGAACUGGUUUUAUGUUUGUUGACAUCUUCAGUGUCACUUGCUUUUUAAAUUCCAUAUACAGCUGAAAAAUGACUUGACUAUUUUGCACUUAAUAUCAGUUCUGAAAUUACUAAUCUGCAAUUCUUCACACAUCUUUUAAUUGUGUGUUUUAAUUUGUCUGUGUCAGAUUAUGGAAAGAAGGAUUGCAGCAAACUCAUAGUUCUUACACAAAAAUACAUAUAAUUUUUUAUUCACGUUGAUUCAUCAACAGCAAUGAAUCCCUUAUGUUUUCAUGUUAUACAUUAUAUAAUGAUGUGCGGCACAGCUGAAAUCACAAUGAAAAAUGCAACAUUUUAAUCUCAAAGGAGUGAAGACUGAAACUGUAUAUUUAACAGUUUAAUGUGAAUUUGAUCUGGCUGCAACAAGCAACAUUGUCUUAAUACAGUUUGAUGUGCAAGCAAUAAAAACUGAAUCAAUUAACUGA